AUGUCGCAUGUUCCCGAAGCCCCGACGCCAGUGCCAGAGAAAACGAAAUUAACUGACGACGUCGUGACGCUGUCCUUGUUCAGUGACGACGACGCGCCCAUACAAUCCCAGCCCAGUGCACCAGUUGCAGCAGUUCCUGAAGAUGUGAAAGUCCAGUGCAAGGAUUGUGCAGCAGUCAUUGACGGGUUUUCGUUCUGGUGCGUGCAGUGCUUGUGCGGUGCGCUCUGCGUCGCGUGCGCGGCGAGCGAAGCGCAUUAUGCGCAUUACGUGUUGCGCUCGCCAAAGGGGGCCACACAGAACCAAACGCAGGCAGUAUUGGCGGUGAUACGAAAACAACUGGUGAUGGAAAACUUGCUAACACUCUACGAGACAGAUGGAGAGGGGGUGAAAGUGGAAGUAAAAUAUGAGCUGGAGGAGCCCUUGUCGCCCCCCUCCCCCGCCCCGGCCGCCGACCCGCUCGCCGCCGAGGCGGAGCCGCGCCCCCGCGACCCGCUCGCCGUGGAGGCGGAGGAGGCGCAGGAGGCGGAGGAGGCGGAGGAGGCGGAGCCCCGCCCCGAUGCCACAGUUGAAAAGCGUGUUGACGAGGAAACAGACCAACAUACUGUCAAGCGUCUUCGACGCAUCGACCCCCGAACGCGCAUAAUAAACUCCACAGUUCAAAUGAAACAGAAACUCUUAAAGGUCCCAGUUGCUGUUCUAAGAAGAUUCCAAACAGACCACACACUUAAUUCUGAGGUUUUGAGAGCAACAGAUAUCAUCACCACUACUAGUAAUGUCAGAGCGUCACAACAAAAACACUCGCCUAAUGUUCUCAGAAAAGACCAAAAAGUUCAGAAACUUACUAUUAGCGAUCUCAGAACAGUCAAACUGGUCACUUCUAGGCCUAGCAAUAUCAGAGAAUCACAAGUUCUAACUGCAACUGCUAGCAAUCUCAGAAGAUCCCUAAAUGUCCCAAUAAUAACACGAACAGUUCAGGCGCUUACUACUGGCGAUCUCAAAUCACAAGCUGUCGUACAGGCCACUACUAGCAAUUCAAGAGUGUCACAAGAUAAUGCAAAUAGGCCUAUGAGAGAUCCAAGUGAAAUGAUACUUCGAACGGUGACUUCAGAACCCACGGUGCAGCUGCAACCCCUUACGUCAGCAGAUAUAAUGAAGUGGUCGGCCGAUAGGAAGAGGCGAAGAAACGACUGAAAUAAACAUUAGGAAUUUAAA